AUGGCGGAUCUGGGCAUUCUAGGUUCUUCCACCCCAAACACACGGCGAACAUGUUGUUUUCAUGACCCAGUCCAUGAGACUUCCAACUCUUCGGUCUUCGUUCCUUCCAUCCGAUCCAUCCGGUCUUCUCUCACUUCUCUUUCUCUGCAAUUCACAACGCCAUCCAAUCUUUCCGUGCGGUUAUCCAGUGGUCCGUCCAGUAUCCCGGUGGUCCAUCCAAUAUUUCGGUGGUAUAUCCAGUUACCCAGUGGUCCAUCCAGUAUACCAGUAAUCGGUCCGGUCUCCAGUAUUGUCGUCGAUAUAUCCCAUUCAACAUCUAGUUCUGAGGUGGUCUCCACACACCACCCAAUCUCCAAUGGCCAUCUUCAAGAGCAUAACGCCCAGUAUUCCAAAAGUUGA